CUCCAUCCGUAGAGAGAACUAUGGAGCCAGAGACUAAUGUGGACCAUGACACAAAUGUUGAUGCUGAAAAUAGUGAUGAAAUAUGGCAUCAAUAUCAUGAUGCAGAACGAGCAAUCGACCAAUAUCAAAGGGGCAUUCAGCAGCAGCUGAGAAUAAUGCGUGGCCUUAUGCAUAAGUUAGGGACUCGCAGACAUAGUGGGGUAAAUUCAGAUGCGGGUGGUCACUCUAGCUAUGCACCAGCCAGCACUCCCACGGCCGAUGACCAUGCAUUUCCCGGUGAUGAGUACAUGGCUUCGCAUGCUGCAUACCAUGUGCUAGACACACCAGAUCGCGUUGUCGCCCCUGAGUAUGAGUUGCAGCCCAGUGUACCCAUUAAUGUAGUAAGCGGUAAGUGAUAAAAUUUAUGCAAACACCCAUAUGGUUAACAACCCAUGU